UUGAUGGGCCCUUGAGAUUUUUUCCUCCAUUUAAGUGGUGCCUCUAUAAUUAAACCUUCAAGAAGCAGCAACGUCCCAUAAUCUCAUCCCAGCUUUCAAAAUACCCGCCUUUUGAUUGUAACAGAUUUGCAUAUAUCCUUUGGUUUUUUCCUUCUCCUUCGCUGUAUAUAUACGAGCAAGAGUUUGUGUGGGUUUUUGCAUAUCUAGUCUGUCCGUAUGGCGCAAGACUUGGACGAUGGUGAGUUCUGGCUGCCGUCGGAGUUUCUGACGGACGACGACCUUCUGACGGACUUUAAAGCUGACCGUUUGCAAUCCAAGGGGAACCCUGAUUUCACUCAUGGAUUUGGAAACUCGUUUGGGUUUAAUUCGGAUCUGAGUUCACCCGGUGAGUCAGUUAUGGGCUCAACGGAAACCGAGAGCGAUGAGGAUGAUUUCAUCACUGGGUUAAAUUGGAAGAUGGCUCGUUCAUCUUUACAGGACACUGGUUUCACUUCCGACAACAUGUCCAAGGGUUGGAAGCUAUCUGGAUCGCCACAGUCGACUCUGUGCGGCUGCAAAGCAGGUUCUAGCAGGGGAAGCCCCAACAGCGUCUCCCGUGUAUCUUCACCACCCGACGGCAAGGAUGUUGGGUGGGAUUUGCUUUAUGCAGCUGCAGGGGAAGUUGCCAGGAUGCGAAUGAUUGAAGAAACGACAGCGUUUCAUUCAGCCAAACAGCACUUCCCUCCGCCAAAGCCAAACCCUAACCCUGUAUCGAUACAAGUUGAGAAAUCACACACAGCCAGUGGCGGGAUAUACCGAUCUCAGACCCAAAAUCAGUCUUACCAUGCUUACCUGCAGUUGCAGGCAUCUCAACGCCUGAAGCAGCAGCAAAUGCUGAGAAGUGGGGUUUGGGGGCAAGGCCGAAUGGAUUAUCAGUUUGGCAACGGAGGGCCUGUCGGUGCAGGAAGGACUCAAGGUCCAUCAAUGGCCGCCUGGCCUACUUUACAGCAAUCCCAUCAGCAGCAGCAACAGCAUCAAACUGGCUCAGGGAUGAGGGCAGUUUUUCUGGGAGGAGCAGCAACGAGGAAGGAACGGACUGGGACCGGCGUUUUUCUCCCGAGGAGAGUUGGAACGAACCCUCCCGAAACCCGCAAGAAAACAGGGUGCUCUACGGUUUUGCUGCCGGAGCGGGUUGUUCAAGCCCUGAAUUUGAAUCUGGAGUCGAAUUAUCCCCAAACCAAUGUUAGAAGCCAUGGAAAUUUCACCCCAGAAUAUGAUCCUGGUUUGAAUCGUAGAAGCAAUGUCUUGAUGGCUGAACAGAGAAACCUUUUACAGCAGCCAUUGAUGCAUCCUGAGCUCCGGUUACCUCAGGAAUGGACUUACUAGCUGGAUUGCCUUCUUCUUAAAGAAUAGAUAUCAAUUUGCAUUUAAAUGAAGAUUACAGAAGCUAUGGAAGUUUCGUAUAAGGCCGGUUUUACUAGAAAAAGGAUGAUAGUAUUAGUAUAUUUUGCAGACGACACGUCAUUAGCAAUUGUAGUGUAGAACAGCAGUGGGGAAGUAGCAAGUAAUUAUGUAGGUAGACGACGAUGAAUUGAAGAGGGAAUGUUAGCAGCAAGAAAAUGAUUUUUUUAUAUAUUUUGGACGAGGUUUUGUUGUGGGGGGAAUAAGAGUUAAGAACAAGUGUCUAUGGCCGAAGUGAGUGAUUAUUUCGUUUGGCUCGAAGUACAAGUAGACAAAAUUCUCGUUUCCUGUUCCGUGUGGGGUUUGGAAGACGAAUCAUCAGCAGUAACGAGGAAGAAAUAAAGAAGGAAGAAGUGUCUUAAUUAUUAUUAUUAUUAUCAUUAUUACUUUCAUAGGUUGAUUGGUUACUAUUUUCACCCUCAAACGGGUCCUUGAGUUGGAGUCUCGUUUUGGUUGAUGCUCCUGCUCUGUUUUACUUAAACUAAUUUUAUCUUCCUUUUGUUGUGUAUUGUAAGAAUGGGUUGAUUUUGUUUUGUACUGAAAUGCCUUUUAAGUUAAUAAUAAUAAUAAUAAAAGAAGUGCCUUCGAUUCA